UUCUAGCAAUUACCGCAUGGCAAUACAGAGCAUCCAAGCCAUCGCAUGAUGGAGUUGAAUUCGAAUAAACAUGGUUGAGAAUUGAUCGUGGAGAAAAAUGAUUCGUGGAAUUCGAAUUCUGGCGGGGGAACAGAGAAGGGCACUCUCAAUCAUCCCCUUCGGAAGAAGAUGCCUGAGUAGCAGGGCGGUUAUGAGCUUUGGGGAUGGUAGCCAUGGUGCAAUCGGCUUGCCCACUUCGCUCACUGGCAUUGGUGGCGCCGCUUACGAGCCUACCACCGUCCCGGGGCUUCCUCCCGACGUUACCAGUGUAGCCGCAGGGCACUAUCAUUCUCUCGCAAUCGAUUCGCAAGGCUGUCUCUGGGCUUGGGGCAGAGAUCAGGAAGCGCAGCUUGGCCGGGGCUUUGCUUCCCCUAGAGAUUCUUGGAAUGUACCUAAUAGAGUGAUAGGGCUGGACCUAGUGAACGUUCGUUCGGCAUCUGCAUCAGGCGUUGUCUCUGCUGCUCUUGGGGAUGAUGGAAGUCUGUGGAUUUGGGGAAAGUCUAAGCGCGGGCAGCUUGGUCUUGGAAAAGAUGUCACAGAGGCUGUUUUACCGUCCAGAGUUCAAGCAGUUGAAGGUGAAAGGAUAGUUAAGGUCUCUUUUGGUUGGGGACAUGCACUUGCAUUAAGUGAGGAUGGAAAAUUAUUCGGGUGGGGCUAUUAUGCUGAUGGCAGGUUGGGAAAUAUUGGAAGAACUCUGAAGAUGUCUCCUUUGGAUUCAAGUUCAUAUAGAUCUACAAAUGGCCAAGAACAACCAAACAUUCAGCUUGCUGAAAGGUUGGUUUUGGAAUCAAUGGAGGAUGAGAAAAAUAUGCCAAUAAUAUGGGAACCUCAUUUGGUGGAAGACCUUACUGGAAUUGAAGUGGUAGACAUUGCAUGUGGACUUGAUCAUUCCUUGGUCCUUUGCCGUGAUGGCACCCUCUUAAGCUGUGGAAGCAACGUAUAUGGGCAAUUGGGAAGAGUUAGACAAGAUUUGGGGUUGUUACCGGUUGAUUCAAGUUUCCAUGUAAAAUCUGUAGCAGCAGGGCUCGGUCAUUCUCUGGCCUUAUACCAAGAUACUUCAAAUAAAGACGUAAGUGAUGCGACAAGUGUCAUCUCAUGGGGAUGGAAUCAGACGUCUCAACUUGGAAGAGAAGGACAAAACAGCAUCCCGUUAAUAAUUGAAGGAUUAGCAGGGGAAAUACCUAUAUCAGUGUCGGGAGGUCGUGCACAUUCAAUUGCUCUCAGCUCUAGGGGAGAAGUAUGGGUUUGGGGAUGUGGAAGGGACGGAAGACUUGGGUUAGGAAGUUCCAGUGAUGAAUCUGAGCCAGUUUUUCUCGAUAGCCUCGAGAAUUGCAACGUCGUGCAAGCUGUGUCUGGCUUUGACCAUAAUCUAGUACUGGUUGUUGACUGAUGUGGUUCAAAUCUAGUCUUGGUGGCUAUAGUUUGUUCUUCGAAUGUGGUUACUAUGAAUCCUUCUUGCAUCCAAGAGUACUAGAAGAAGCAUUUCGUUGGUACCUUUAAGUUUAUUGGGCUUUUUGUGCUUGUUGAGUUAGACUCUAGUUUACCCCAACUAUAUCUUAAUAGUCAAAUUAAUGUUUGCUAGAAAACUUGGGCAUGUAAUUUCUAGAAGUAAGCCUUUAUUUGAUCAAGCUUUUUGUAA